AAUGGCUCAUCAUCCAGUAGUUCCGUCUUGUUGUUUGCCUGAGUACAUUCGUGCGCUAUUCGCUUUGCCGUGAAGUGAAUCGCGGAACCGAGCACUGUGUUUAAUUUGUGUUAACUUAAUCAUUCUAACUGUUCCAUAUCUUUCAGCUUAAACACAAUCAUAAUCGUUAUAAGUAACAGUGUCCUACUUGAUAUGAGAUUUUAACAAUGUGUCUAAAAAAUGUGUGUGUGAUAAAUAAACCUUAUCUCGCUUACGCCUUCGAUAAAUGCGUAAUUACAUUGUGUUAACAAUACGGUAAUGCUCCGAUCUGUUUUACAAAGUUUUAUUACAUAAAGAUCAUUCACUAAUUCCGCAUUAUUAAUCACGUACAGGUAAUAUGUAUUUCCCUCAUCAAACAGCACUUUCUGCUUGUGUCAAAUUGUUCAAUUACUUUCCUUUUAUCUCUUACCGUUAAAACAAUUAUUCUUAUCUUUAGAUGCAACGCAACUACAACUUCGCGUAAAUAAAGUCUAGUAGGACUAUUUGUGUUCUAAAAUUCCAAUUUUUGUGUUUCGAUGCUGAAAAUAUAUCUCUACACGUACUGAGACUGUGCAUCUCUACAUCUGAGUUAAAAAUUUGUAGCAAUGCCAAUGAUUUUUUAAGCACAGCCAGUGUUGCGCGUAUAAAUCAGCAAAACAAUAUAAAUGAAAGACUGUUUCUUUCUCAUAAGUUUUACUUUUCCGACGCAAACCGGUUGAGAUAAAAACCGGAUAGUCAAGUAAUUAUACCGUACAAUUCUUGAAUGACUAUUAAUAAAAUUCUCGAGUAGUAAUCGUAAAUGUAAAAUAAUAUCAGAGACAACUAGUCAAGGACUUUCGAGAAAACUUACAUCCCGGAACUUAAAGAUACUAUUAUGCAUUAAUUGCGACGAUCAUAAUUCAAGUGCAACGGCAUUACAUAAAACGCGAAAGAGUCUAAGGAAUCUGCACGACUUACAUUUAAUGCUGCAUUACGUUAUAUGCACGAAAAUACAUCCGAUGCUACCCAAGUAGCAAAAUGACGUCGUAAUGAUGAAUGCAGCUAUAACGCUCGAUUCCAUAAUUAUAUCGCGUAGUUUCGCGUUAGACAUUUUUACUGAAAAAAACGCACAGAGAGAAACCGAACUAAUGAGUAAUUUAAUGAUGUUUCCACCAAUUGUAUUGUGGUGUCUCGUGCUUGUUGCUUCAACCUCGGAGUCUCGGACAAAUUCUACGAUUGGCGAUGAGCGGAGCGACAAUUCGACGGUACGGUACAAUCCCCUCGUAAAUUCUACGAAAAACGAGAUUGAGCCAACACGGUGGUGCAAUUCAUGUGAAGAUUCUAUCGAGGACGACUACGAGAUGCGAUAUAAGCCCCGUGUUAAUUCUACAAGAAACGAUCACGAGACUCGCGGAUAUGUCGGUAGAAAUCGCGAACGGAAUAAUCCGGUAUCUACGGAGCCUAAUGAAAAUUCUACAGAGGUCGGCGACCUCGUGUUUCAACAAAUGAAUGAAAAUCUCACGGGGACCGAAGGCGAGAGCGAGUCCACGUCACACGAACUCUAUGAAAAUUCCAAUAAUGACGACUAUAAUAAUACUACAGCUACCAUUGUUCCGUACGAAGAGUGUGACGACGUUACAUGCAUUCAGCUCUGCUGUCCUUUUGGCGAUAGCCUGACGGUGCAGGGUAAAUGCGUCGCCGGGCAGGACAAUUACUCCUUUCCAGGCGUGACCUUGGAAGAUGCAAACAAUUCCGUGGGCAAAAGAUUGAACGAGCUGUUUCGACUGACCGUUCGCGAUCCGUGCGUUGAACAAGAAUUUGGACGCUAUUUGCUCCAUCCCAGUGGGUACCGGUUCCUCGUCAAUGGCUCUUUAUAUCAAGGCCCCGGCAACGCGCUCAUCUCACCGAGGUCCUAUUGCAUUGCCAUCUUGCUGCGAAAUAUUUACGACGUGAUCGUCUGUACUAGUAAAACUAGAUUUCCGAUAUAUGUAUCCGUGUGUCUCCUGAUAUCUCUGCCGUUUCUACUGCUGACAUUCGUCGUGUAUUCUAUAUUACCAGAGCUCCGGAACAUGCAUGGUUACACGUUGCGUGCACACGUUGCCUCAUUGUUUGUCACGUACGCGAUUAUGUACUUUGGCCAACAAACUUCUGCAUUAGCAGCAUGGAAAUAUUGCGUUCCACUAGCCUAUAUUUUCAAUUUCUCGUUUUUGUCGAGUUUUUUCUGGUUGAACGUAACGUGCUUCGAUAUUUGGUGGACGUUCAGAGGAUGUCGUUCGUAUCAAACAAGCGUAAAGCAAGAUAAAAAGAAGUAUGUGAUGUAUUCAUUAUACGCGUGGGGAAUUACCUUCAUCAUUAAUGUUAUCUGCGCCAUCAUGGAUUAUGCCCCAGGAAUACCCAAAAGCUGGAUCCGACCGCAAAUGUGUAGGAUAAAAUUUUGGUUCAGCGAGAACAAUGCAAGAACUAUAUAUUUCUAUGUACCUAUGGGUGCUACUGUUGUCGCUAAUAUUUGUUUCUUCGUCGUCACAACGCUAACGAUUUUGUAUCAGAAUAAACGGACCGCCCAUCAGCUAAGAGACUCGGAGAGCAAGCGUCACAAUGAAAAUAAGCAGAGGUUUAAUAUGUACCUGAAGCUGUUUAUAGUAAUGGGAAUAACCUGGGUUAUGGAGUUAUUAGCAUGGUCGAUCAAUUCCGAUUUCGUGCCAGAGGUAGUCUGGUAUCCCACCUACAUAAUAAAUGCCUUGCAAGGUGUCAUCAUUUUUAUCAUAUUCGUCUGUACAAAGAAAAUCAAGAAGCUGCUGCUAAAACGAUUCGGUGGGCGUAGUUGCGGCCCAUUUUGCAAGAUUCCGAUGAACAGCGAUACUUCGACGAACACCACUUCCGUAUCAGGUUCGGGAUCGGGAACGCUGUCCAUGCAAGAAAUUAGUUCCGCUUAUUAGCAGCUAAUCAUUUCCGACUAAUCCUGAUCGUAGCGCUGCAAUGUAAAACAAAAAUUCUAUUCAAUGAGUUAAUAGUUAAUCGGCAACAUAAUUUCAUUUUCCAGUCGAAGACCGAUAUUUUGUAUUUCGCUUAUUCUAAAAAUAAUGAUGAUAUGUGCAUACGUAGAAAGUUGGAUAAAAGAUAAAAUUUAUAUAUAAUUAUUACCAAUUGUUGUAUUAUAUUAAAUAAAUAUAAAUCGCUAUUGAUUAUACAUAAUAAUAGAAAAGAUAUAUAAAUGGAUAGAAAAAGGGAUUCAAUUAUACAAGAGAGUCGUUAUUAUUA